CGAGCCCACCCUCGCAGGCGGCGCCCGGGGCCAUGGCUGCUGUUGCAGCGCAGGUGCGGGCCUGGGCCGGCAUCGCCGUCCCUGUGCGGCCGUUGCCCAGUGUGCAGGGGACCAGCCUGCAGCAGAACAUGGUGAAGGCCACAGUGGACAGGCUGAGGUCGACCACGGCAAUUGUGGCGGAAGAGGUGGACAUCGCGGAUCUGAGCAGAAUGGUGCCGAAGGCGGAGCGGGCGUGUUCGCCAUGGGCGUCGCGCCGACAGUCGCAGCGGUCGGAGCGGGCGCAGAGGACUCCCCGCCAGCACCGCCGCAGGCACGCGGUCGCAAGCGCGCCACCGGCGGCCAAGGAGCGGACGUUGGCAGCAAGGCGGCACGCCUGGCGGCAGCGGCCACUGUAAAAGCUUGCGGCGCUUUCAGGGAUGAAGGGAGGGUGAGGAGGAGGAGGAGGAGGAGGA